UUGCGAUUGGUUCAUAAACAUAUGAUUAAAGUUGAACCGAGAACUCUUUGAUAGACGAAAAAAUCAUGAACACAUUUAAUUGGGGCGAAAUUAAUGGUUAUAAGCGCUAAAUAUGCACCUCUCGUGCAAAUGUUCAUCAAAGUAUAGUCAACUGUUGAAGUAAUAGGUUCAUUUCGAUCGCUGUAAAAAUGCUAGUUCUGAUAGUAUUUUUCAUAACAUUUGCUACUUAUCUACUGUGGAAUCGUCGACAUCUCUACCUGCUAUCUUGGCAGCUACCUGGCCCAAUUGCAAUUCCUUUGAUUGGAAAUGGUUAUAGCAUAGCAAACCCACACAAAUUAUCACCAUAUCUUGAUGAGGUGACCAAAAAAUAUGGGAGUCCAAUACGAUUAUGGUUUGGCCCUGAAAUGGUUGUUUUCAUAUCAGAUGCUGAAAACGCAGAGAUUGUACUAAAAUCCAAAGAUUGUCUUAAUAAACCACAAAUUUUCUAUAAAAUUGUCCGUGAUGCAAUGCAAGUCGAUGGAUCUUUUACAUUAAAAGCUGAAAAAUGGAAAUAUCAUCGUCGCUUACUGAGUCCGUCAGUAAAUUUAUCGAAAGUGAGUGCACACUUACCGAUUUUCAAUCAACAUAUUCAAAAAUCAAUAGCUAAUCUGCCCAUUAAUGGUGAUUUUAUUGAUAUUUUACCAUAUUUAUCGACAUGCAAAAUUGCCAUGUUUGCCGAAGCAGCGUUGGGGUCAGAAAUAGAAAAAAAUGUUAAACAAAAGUAUCUACAACAAUUUGCUCAGGGUUUGGAAAUAGUGGGAAAACGGAUCUUAGAUCCAUUAUUACACAUUGAUUUCAUUUGGAAUUUAACUGAAUCAGCGAAAAAAUUGCGAGAAUAUAGUUGUUUUGGUAGAACAUUGUUUCAAAAGAUUCUGAAGGAAAAAGUUCAAACCGGAAGUGAAUCACAUUCAUUCUUAGAACGAUUAUUAGAUAUAUCGAAUGAAAAUACAAAUUUCACACAUGAGAACGUUAUUGCUGAAACGGCAACAAUUCUUACAGGGGCAACAGACACAUCCUCAGCUGCAUCGGCUUUUGUGGCUGUAAUGUUAGCUAUGCAUCCAGAAUAUCAAGAGAAGGUAUUUCAAGAGAUUCUAAUGGUAAUGCCAUACAAAGAUGCCGAAUUAACACAAACCGAUUUGGAUAAACUGGAAUUUACUGAAUUGUGCAUUCGCGAAACUUUGCGUCUCUUUCCAACUGUUCCUAUAAUUGGUCGCGUUACAAGCAAACCCGUUAAAUUGAACAAUAACAUUGAAGUACCCGUGGGUGUGCCGAUUAUGUUGGGACUGCGUCAGAUUCAUAUUCGCGAAGAAUAUUAUGGAUCAACAGCAAAAGUCUAUAAUCCAUAUCGAUUUAUGGAUGAAAAUGUCAAGAAUUUGCCUGGUGGAGCUUAUAUUCCAUUUAGCUAUGGACCACGGAAUUGUUUUGGUUAUAGCUAUGCAAAAGUUUCGGUAAAAUGUUGCAUCGUACAUUUGAUACGGAAUUAUCGACUUACCACCAUCUAUAAAAAUAUAGAAGAAUUAAAACCAGUACUAAGCAUAAGCAUGAGAUUAAUCAAUAAGCAUAUGAUUAAACUGGAACGAAGAGAAUGAAUAUAAACCAGUGUUUCAUAUAUCGCUAUCAGUAUCCGUAAGAUAACUGAGAGGGAUAAAUUCAGCCAGAUAUGAGUGUCAAAAUUGUGUCAAAAUUGCAUUAGACACGCUUACCAUCUCCAGUGUCUAAUUUAGACAGUGUCAUAUCUGGCUGAACAUAUCCCUCUCAGUUAUCUUACGAAUACUGAUAGCGAUAUAUGAAACACUGAUAUAAACUGAUAACAGCAUUACCGUCGAAUGCUCCAAGUAUUCUGUGCAUUUUGGUUACGGUUGCAAUGUUAGUCUACAAAUGUUAUAAAUAGAUUGUUUACACUUUGCACUUUUAAUUAAUACUAUACACCUGCACAAUAAUUAAAUUGUAUUUGAAAUUAAAAAGACAACGAAGACAUUGAAUUUAUAAAUGUUCGAUCUUUUAAUCGCAUUAUAUGCGCAAGAUAAGGAUUUUUAUUACUUGUAGUUAGUUAACAUUAAAUAAAAAACCAAUAAAAUGUCUUACAUCCGUAAGAUGAACUU